CCUCUGUUCGAUUGGCGUUUUGUUCAUUGCAAUCUUUUUUUUUUUAAUCACAUGAGGACGUCUUUUGGGCAGUGCUAUGGCUCUUCAACAGUACUCGACUACAGCAUUUUGGACAUCUAAGUAGAAGGAGCAAGAUAUACUUGUUCUUAAAAAAAAGUCAAGCAGACGCAUGCGCAUGGAUGAUAAGCAGCCGGUCCUCUAUGAAGAGCCCGGUGCAAACGGAUGUAAUCAAGGCAAAGAAUUACCUCCGUCUCCUGGCAUACAUGGUGAAACUCCCAUGGGAUCGGAGUGGAUGGAGAUGCGCAAGCGGCAGAUGUCGGGCCAGCAGGAGCUGCCGAGCGCUGCACGGGCCCCGCAGGACGCCGGGAACCGAGGGUCCAAUGCCUGCUGCUUCUGCUGGUGCUGCUGCUGCAGCUGCUCCUGUCUCACUGUUAGGAAUGAAGAGGGAGAGGGUAGAAGCAGGAGGCCCUCCUGUGAUGUCAAGGCAGAAAGCACCACCAACUGUGAAGAAAGCCCAAACCCAACUUUGGAAGAGGUGUGUACAUGGGGCCAGUCAUUUGACAAACUCAUGAGGAGUGCUGGGGGACGGAAUGCGUUUCGUGAGUUCUUACGGACGGAGUUCAGCGAGGAGAACAUGUUGUUUUGGCUAGCCUGUGAAGACCUAAAAAAUGAAACCAACAAAAGUGUCGUAGAAGAAAAGGCUAGGCUAAUAUACGAGGACUACAUUUCAAUUCUUUCGCCUAAAGAGGUGAGUCUGGACUCCAGAGUUCGUGAAGUGAUAAACAGAAACAUGCUUGAACCAACAUCUCAUACGUUUGAUGAUGCACAGCUUCAGAUUUACACCUUAAUGCACAGAGACUCUUACCCUCGAUUUAUGAACUCGUCAGUCUACAAGAGUCUGCUCCAGACCCUUUCAGAACCACCCACAGAAUCAUAGGAACUGGUUUUCCCUUUCAUAAUUUGUUUUUGUUAGAAUAUGUCAGAGGGCCAAUCAGCUCUUUACAGGGAUUUUACAGCUAAGGGAUCUGCACCUGAAAGUAAUACUCAGGCUUCUUUUACUCUGGAUUUUAAGGUCUCAAAUCUCCUGAGGGCUCAACACCACAAGCUUCAGAUCAACAAAACACUCCAAAGGAUAUUAAUGGUGACAUUAUUAUUAUUAUUAUUAUUAUUAUUAUUAUUAUUACUAUUAUUAUUAUUAUUAUUAUUAUUAUUAUUAUUAUAACAGAAGGCUAUUUUGGUAAAGGUGAUUCUGGUGGGGCAAAAAUGAUUAGUGUAGUUUUUUUUACAAAGUGUAUGUAGAAAAGGGCAUACCAUGAAAAAGCAAAUAAUUUUUGAAAACUCAAGAAACACUUUUUGAAGUAAUGUGCCAGAUAUUUGUUUUUAACGGGGACAAUGCUGUUAGCCAGUUUUUCUUUUUUCUCACUUUUGCUUUACCUACUUUUUAAUGCACACAUUUCACAAGCAUGCACAAAGAUACACAGUACUCGCCAAAAAUAGCCGGGCAACUUCAAAUUUUAAACUUUUAAAAAAAAGUGAAGUUUGUGUUCAAAAACUGUAAUUGUUGUAGGUUUGUCAUAAGAGUGCACAUACAAAUAAGCUUAUCACAGGGUAAUUAAGGGUUACGUGAUAUUUUAGGAGCUAGAAAGAUCAAUAUAACUUAGAUCUGAAUGAAUGAAAACUGAAUGAAAUUAUAUUAUCUUUUAAUAUCUGGAUACCAAUGUAAAGACAACUUUAUGUUACAAAUUAAAAGAGAAGUCAGUGAAAGUAGAACUUUUGUUAUGAGUUCUUUGAAUGUUCAGAAGAUAAUUUGCUACACAGUUCAUACAGUACAUAAAAGAUAAGUCUGAUUUCUGUGACUGAUAUCAGAAGAAAAAAGUAUACUCCCAAUACUAGUUAGACAUGUCCACAGUUAAAGCAGCAGGAACCUCAGAUCAGAAGAAGUUCAGAUCAAUCUGACCUUCUGGUCUUCCAUCAGAAACUAAGAGAUCUGCACAUACUGUACAUGAGAUACUGUAAGACUUUUGCUUGUGUUUUCUCAGAAUGUGUUUCUACUGUCAUCCAAUGUUUGACAACAGGGGCUUGAAUAGCAAAUGAAAAUAGCAAAAUGGAUUAAGAUAUAAAAAAAAGGGAACAUUAUGAAGCCAGUCUUUUUACAACAUUAUUUUACUUCUCAGCUGAACAAAGCACUGUGCCAUGCAGGUAACAUUUGAAAGUAAACCUGCAAAAUAUAUUGCAUACAUUCAAUUUAUGCGUUAAUCACUUAAGAAAACUGCUUUAAUAUGUGACAAAAUAAUACAAAUUAUACCAAAUUAUUGGUUUAGCGCACUACAUUUACUCCUAAUUUUGUAAACAGGGACGAGCACUGCAAAUGCAAAGCACAGGGCUCAUUACAGUGUUUUUUAGUGCAAGAAAUAUAUGUAUUUGAGUCUGUCUCAGUAAAAAUGAUCACUGUGAUUACAUUUAUUUUGUGGAGGAUCUUCGUGUUUUCUGAGUGGAAUUAGAACUCAUAAAGCUUUCCGUAACUUCUUAAAAAAUAAGAGAAGAUUUUCAUAAACCAUUGCUAUUUUAGAGUAAUCCUCAACUGAAACUAUUUGCAAAAACUGCAUUCUUGUACAGCUGUGGAAAAAAUAUGGUUUACUGGAAUGUUACUAUUGUGUUAUCGUAAACUACAAUAAUGAUGAUGAUAAUAAUAAUAAUAAUAAUAUAUCUCAACACUCACCAGGACAAGUGGACUAAAAAUGGAUGAGUGAAUAAUGAUCAUAUCUGAAGUUCUUUUUACUGAAUAUAUUCAACAUAAAUGAGUAAUUUUUAAAUACCAUAUUAAAAUAAUAUAUAACUUAUUGAAAGACAUUCAAUAACAUAGAUUUGUCUGUAAUAAAAGCACAUGUAUGUAGUUCUAUAGAAUGUUGGUAUGGAUCUAUGGAAAUACAUUAUGACAAUUUGCCUGUGAAAUUUUAAUCUUUUGAAACUUCUUAUUUUUGUGUCCUUCCCUGUAGCUCUGAAUGACCCAAAAUAAUGUACAGUGUGUAACUUCCUACUGAUUCUUAUACUGUUGUUUUUUAUCCUGGCAUUUUAUAUACAAAUACACUCUUACAUGUAUAGCGAGAGUAACACUGAAGUGAAAUUAUAAUAUUGCAGUAAGUACAGAAGUUUUUAUAUAUAUAGAUUAUCUUGUUCUGCCUUCACUUUCUUAUUAAAUGUUUCAAACAAAAACUUUGGAGUUGCCAAGUUACUUUUUUGAUAGAAUUAUUUAUGUACUCAAAGACAAGAGCUACAAUUAGGGAAGUACUUUGAGAUUUAUUUUGUGACAUUUAUGGCAUGGGAAAUCUUCAUUUAAACCUCUAGUCACAUUUACAAAUGACAAAUGUGUUUUAGCCUACACUCUGCCAGUUAGCAGUAGUACUUCCACUUGUCUUGGAGUAUAUAGUACUUUUACACCGAAUAUUCAUUCAAUUUGAGCUGAUGGAAAAAUAAUAUAGAUCAACCUCCAAUUAUCUACGCCAAUGGUUUGGAAUAAUACUGCCUAUUAUUUAUUUUGUUGUUGUAAAAUUUGUUUUUUUAUAUCACAGUUUGCUUAAAAAAGGCAUUUUUAAUUAACAACUUGUGAAUGUUUAUAAUAUGGUUUAAAAAAGUCUUGGGUUUUAAUUUACUGAGGAAAAUAGUGGAAAAAUUGUGGGCAUUUGAAUUCUUUGGAACUAUAAUAAAGCACAAGAAUUUUAUCGAA